AGGCGCGGAGAUGGGGUCGUGCGAAUGUCCUGCCCUGCUGCUUCUGCUAUCUUUGCUGCUGCUUCCCCUGGGCCUCCCAGUCCUGGGCGCCCCCCCUCGCCUCAUCUGUGACAGCCGAGUCCUGGAGAGGUACAUUCUGGAGGCCAGGGAGGCCGAAAAUGUCACGAUGGGCUGUGCUGAAGGCUGCAGCUUCAGUGAGAAUAUCACUGUCCCAGACACCAAGGUCAACUUCUAUACCUGGAAGAGGAUGGACGUCGGGCAGCAGGCUGUGGAAGUCUGGCAGGGCCUCGCCCUGCUCUCAGAAGCCAUCCUGCGGGGCCAGGCCCUGCUGGCCAACUCCUCCCAGCCAUCUGAGACCCUGCAGCUGCAUGUGGAUAAAGCCGUCAGCAGCCUGCGCAGCCUCACCUCCCUGCUUCGGGCACUGGGAGCCCAGAAGGAAGCCACCUCCCUUCCAGAGGCAACCUCUGCUGCUCCACUCCGAACAUUCACUGUCGAUACUUUGUGCAAACUUUUCCGAAUCUACUCCAACUUCCUGCGGGGAAAGCUGACGCUGUACACAGGGGAGGCCUGCCGAAGAGGAGACAGGUGACCAGGUGCUCCUACCCCGGGCAUGUCCACCACCUCACUUACCACCAAUGCCUGUGCCACGCCCUCUGCACCACCACUCCUGACCCCUGUCGGGGGUGAUCAGCUCAGCACCAGCCUGUCCCACGGACACUCCA